ACCUUGGCAUGGUCUUUCCUGUUGUUACUUCUGUGAAAAGACACUAUGGAAUCUUUUAACUCUGCUCCUGUGCUGGCAAUUGACCAAAUGCCUGGGGAAAAAAAAGAGGGAAAAGUAUUUUAAAAUCUGAGUAGGUUCAUCUUUCAGAGUAAGGUGGCCUGCUCUUUUUGGUCACAGCCGUUUGAGUGCCUACAUUGGGCUUUUUAUGCCUUGGUUGUAACGGCAUUGGGAUUGCUAUUUUUCAGUUCAGGAGCCCUUUGCAGUGGCGACUGCAUCAGACGAAAACUAGGUGGUCAGCAGGAAUGCUGUUUAAGAUGGUACUGCGAUCAUAAAGCCUUCGGUUUGCUUGACCGUGUCGCCCGGUUUUUCUUAUCUGCCGUGCAGCUUUUCUCUGAGUGCAGUGUCUGUGUGGAGAGACCUCCUGGCACAUUGGAAAGAAUUCGAAAAGCUGUUUGCUCUGCUAAUUUUGUGGUGUAAAUGAGUUCCCCUUCUUUUGAAACAUUUGCCUUGUGUUAGCAAAACAUAAGAGAGAAAGAAACUCAUUACACGCUCUUCUAAUGGAGCUAACGCAGAUCAUUUGUUGGCAGUACAUAUUGGCUGAAGUCAGUUUUCAUUUCAAGAUGUUUUCUUCCAAUGGGCCUUUGGUGUAGGAUGUUGGAGAACCAAGAGCCGGAGGAGGUGAUCACUGUGCGUGUUCAGGACCCCCGUGUGCAGAAUGAGGGCUCCUGGAAUUCUUACGUGGAUUACAAGAUCUUCCUCCAUACCAACAGCAAAGCCUUCACUGCCAAGACGUCCUGUGUACGUCGCCGUUACCGUGAGUUCGUGUGGCUGAGAAAGCAGCUACAGAGAAACGCUGGUUUAGUGCCUGUCCCUGAACUUCCUGGGAAGUCAACCUUCUUUGGCAGCUCAGAUGAGUUCAUCGAGAAGCGACGACAGGGUCUGCAGCACUUCCUCGAAAAGGUCCUGCAGAGCGUCGUCCUCCUGUCAGACAGCCAGUUACACCUCUUCCUGCAAAGCCAGCUCUCGGUGCCCGAGAUAGAAGCCUGUGUCCAAGGCCAAAGCCCCAUGACCGUUUCCGAUGCCAUUCUUCGCUAUGCUAUGUCAAACUGUGGCUGGGUCCAGGAAGAGAGGCAGGGCUCUUGUCACCUGGCUAAAGGAGACCAGCCUAAGAGUUGCUGCUUUUUUCCAAGAUCGGCCAGGAGGAGUUCGCCCUCACCGCCUCCCGAGGAAGAAAAGAAUCGUUUUGAGGUGUGGGCCCCUGUUGUUGACUCUGAGGCCCCCUCCGUGGAAAGCCCCCCUCUGCCACCCCCUACCUCGCCGUCAUGCUGUGACUUUGCAAGACCUGAUGAGGGACCCUCUGAUCCUCAGCCUGUGAGGAGGUCCUUGGGAGGGGACCAUGCUGUGCCUUUGGAUCCGAGUCAGUUAGGAGCAGCUUUGGAAAAGUGAACUCUGCUCUGAACUCGAGGGCCUGCUCUGGGGCGGGCAGAGAAGAUGCAGACGAGGCGAUGCGAGCGCCCGGGGGGCACUGGGCACAGGGUAGGUGUCGGCGAGGCCGGGCUGCCUCACAGGUGCCUCUGUGCGCGUUGGUUGCAUAGAGGUCGGUCUUGGCGACUCCUCAGGCUUCCUCCAUAGAAAUAAACACUGUGCAGAUGUUUGUAAGCUAAGCGCAAGGUGCAGGGGCUGUUGGUUUUGAGCAGAAUCCCAUGUUUACUCCCUUGGGAGCUGAGUUUCUUAUGAUGUUUGUUAACGGGCCCAGGAGCGCUGCCCCAGGUGACUGAUUUUGGGGAUCUGUAAGUGGCAGAUGUUAAGCUGCCGUAUGGAAUAUUGUCCCGACAGAAUUGCUGCGUUGUUGUAUUCCCACUGGCUCUGCUUUGCUGCAGGCCCUGGAGCACUUCGUUUCUGGCAGGCUGGCCCCUUGCCUACCUCCUUGCACGGCCAGGGCGGUGAAAAUUUAUUCUCCCACCUCCUUGCUUUUCCUCCCCUGGUACCACUGAACGGAAUGGUGCUGUGGUGGCUGUUGUGGGGGUUUCCUGCAUAUGCCGAGGCCUCAGCCUGGCUGUGUGGGGCCCGGGGCCCACAAAGUAGGUCGUGACCACCCAUGAAAGAGGAGUGGGCUGUUCACGGCCAGAGGAAAGGCAAACAGCCCGGGGAGGUUUGUUUUGGAAAAUUCUGUCCUGGCCUGUCACUGUCUCUUCUGGUUAUAGAGCAGAGAUGCAACCGUCUUUUCUGCAGAGGUAGAAUGGGCUCCUGUCUUUGUUGAAACCUUUUCUUCUCCCUCAGUGACAGCUCCCUGCCUCCAGGGCUGCAGCCGCCGCAGUGCCCCGCUGCUGUGCGGCAGGGAGGCCAUGUGCUCAGUCCAGUGGGGCGCAAGGGCUUUGUUUCUUCCUGGAGAGGACCUGGGGGCGGGGGUGGGGGUGAGGAGCAGCAUGCCUUCCUUCAGACAGCGAGGCAUUCUGCCCUCCUGCUGCCACAGUUCCUCUCCGCUGGGAGCCAGAGCUGGGAGGAGAAGAGCGCCGCUGGCAUUCCGCAUCGCUCUGCACUUAGGUUUGUGUGCGGUUCCUGCCCACUCGUCCGCCCGCCGGCUGCCCCACCUGUCCGCGGGCUCUUGAACUACCAGCCUAAGCUGUGGGACUGUCAUGGCAUUUAGUUCAGAGUUGAGGGGCUUUGGCCUGAAAUAAAAUUCAACUAUUUAAGACUGUUGUUGCAAUUUGUGUCUAACAAGCUGUAGCAGAGAAGGAGGGAAUGGAGGCUGGCAGUAGUUUCUUUCAUAAAUCAUGAAUUUAUCAGUGUGGAAAUAAUGGUUCAGAGCUGUGCACCGCAUCUCUCCUGCAUUGUGUGUGCAGCUCAAGUUCACCACUGGAGGAAGGACUGUUUUCCAAAGAGCCAGGAUCUGGCUGUACUCACGGUUAUGGGCAUGAACCUUGUUAGGUAUAAUUUACCUGAUGCUGCUUCCGUCCUCGCAGCCUGUCUGAGGUGCCAGGUGCUGAAAGAGAAAUAAAGUUUGUCAACAGGCAGAUGCAAAGCCCUGGCUGGGACUCAUCCCUCUUUCCUGCCUGCCUCCCCUGAGUCUCUCCUUUAUAUGAUGCAGCAGAGCAAGGCGAGGAUUGAAAACCUACAGAGGCAAAUCCAAAAUGUCAAAAGAAGUUCAUUUAAAAGGGGAAAAAAAACUCCAUACACAACCCUCACAAAAACCCGACAGAUGCUAAGCUAAUGGCAUCCGCUCUGCCGAUUGGUGGGGAUGACUCAUGAAUAUUAAUAAGUCCAAUGCUCCAAAUGGUGCAGCUGUGAACCCAGCUGUGCCUGAAGCUCUCUGAUCUCGAAACUUCCAGACAGGAGCCGGAGGUGGUCUGUGUCAAUUCCCUACUCAGCCAAAAAACAGCAAGCUGGGUUGGCCUUCUUCUGUUCGUUCCUUUUCUUCCUGGAGUUGGUGCUCAGCAGCUAGUUCUGCCAGCAGGGUAGGCUGCUGGGACAGCAGGAACCAUUCAAAGACACGAAUGCAAUUUUUCUGACUCCCAGCUUUUUAAAUGAUCCAUUAACAGCAGUGCAUAUCACAGCACUUCGGUUAAUCCAAGGCCAGGAACCAUCCCCUCAUUGUCUUCUGCGGAGUUGAGCGUAGUCCGCGGAAGGAACUGUCCUAAGAAGGGAAGACGUUUUCUAGUAACGCAGGCGUGGAGUCUGCAAAAGUGGACUUCCUUCUCCACCCACGCCAUCCCAUUCGCCUCUGUUUUGCUGUGUGUUGCUUUGUCCCUUCAUAUAUUAGGGGCUAGCCACUGUGGCUGAUGACCCCUGUGUGUGACCUACUGAGCUGUUCUGUGGAAGGGAAGUAUUUUUUUGUUAGAAUUUAGAAUUGAGGUAGGUUCUACACCUGAUGUAGCCACCUUCCUUCCAAUAGCCACUUCCACAGCCCAAGGCUAGUCCUCUCCCGGUACUCAGGAUAAGUGACCCCGAGCUCAUGGGGUUCAUUUUGUUUGGGGGAAGGAAACGUGUGUGUGCGCAUGUGUGUAUGUGGGUGGAGGGGGGGGAUUUCUUGAAUGAAAAUCAUUAGUUGCACAUGCAUCAUUUUUUGACUUUGGUGCCCAAUGAGGGGGGCAGAGCAAGUAUUACACUCAUUUUCUAUCCGAGGAAACUUUUGAGUUGAGCUAAGCAUGGUUUUUAAAAAUAUGCUUUUAGAUGGUGUUAGAAUAUAUUCAGGAGAGAGGUCCUUUAUAAGCUCUGUAAGACAAGGUUGUUCCCCAACUCCCACUCACCCCACCCCCGCGGCGGGGGGGAAGCUUUUUAAAAAGCUAAAACCACCACUACUCAAGGAAAAAAAUCCCUCUGCUUUUCAGUUCUCAGAAAUCAGACCUCUUCCACAGUUCCUAGAUUUCUGACUGCUGAGGCCUUCAAUUCACACCACCAAGCCCUAAACACCUUGUACCCUCCCUGGUAGCUUGGGAGGUGAUCGGGCCUUUUUCACGAUCUGAUCGAACAUUCAGUUAGCUCCAUGUUUGUGAAUGUAUGCCUUAGUGGUUGCUGAACACUUUUAUAGUAUUUAGGGAUGAGGAGGACAGCGGGCCAGGAGGAUCCAAGGUGGGAUGGGCGUAGCAAUGGAAACAGACCAGCUCCUGGCUUGCCUCAUGGAGGCCGCAGGAGCAUUCAGUCGGGCUGGAGUGGCAUCUGCGGAUUUGUGUGUGAGCAGCCAGCUGAGACACAGCUAAAGCCAAGCAGAUAACCGCUGUGGUGCGAGAUAGCGACUUCCUCAGUCAAGCCUGGGCACCGAUCCCAAGCCACCCCUCUCGGGCGGCCCUCUGCCAGCAGGGACUCGGCUCUGUAGAGGGCAUGUUGCCCAGUGCAAGGUAACCUUUCUUUGAACUGUAAAGGAGUGUCCCUGUUCCUAUUCUUAACCACUGUACCUUCUUUCCUGAGGGUUUCCUUCAUUGAUUUGGAAGUCCCCCCCUUACCUCUCAGUGAUGGCCUGCCCUAGCUCUUCUCUCCAAGGGGCUGUUUCAGGAACCGCCGCAAAGACCAAGUGGGCAUCUGGCUUCCAACAGGGCAGCAGGAGCUGGUCCUCGAGUCUCACUAGAGAAAUAACUUGGGUCAAAUCAGUUCUACCUUAGUGAUGGAGCCGGAAAGCUGCAACCUCAACUCUCAAGAUACAAUAGAUACAGUUUAUACUCAGAAGGAUAACAAGAGCCACCCUUUUUAGGAGACAGCACUCCUGACUCGCGUAAGCGGAGUGAAUAAUUUUACUUCCUUUCCGUUAAGGGGCGACCUGGUCCACUUCUGCAGGCAGAGGAGGAGAACAACAAGCUGUGCUUACCUAGCAGGGAAAGGGGCCUGGACAAUAUACAGGGAGAGAUGGCAAAGCUAGAGUGUGAGAACUAAGAGAUCACCUGAAAGUCCUGAAGGCGUCCCUCCCCCCUGGAAGGGCAGGAACGUAAUAUGCCUCUGGAAUUUUUGGGUUUGGGGAAGCCACCAGCCCCAAUUAUUAUCUGUGGCCAUCAAGUCCCCCCUUCCUGCCCUUUCAGCCAAGCACUUUUUCUUUAUACCACCCAUUUGGAAGGGGCAGUUCGUUCACACCCUUCAGCGUUCUUGCCCUGUGUGUGUGCCCCUUCCCUGGUGGCCAUGCUAUGGGGAGCCAGGCCCACCAGCAGCCCGACCUGAAUUCCUCCAGCAGAAGGCCCAGAAGAGUGAGAGCCCGAGGCGGUUUGUUGGAGGCAGUGCAACCUGCCCGUACGAGACUUAGAUAUAUUCUACCAAUUAGGGCACAUCUGUUCCAAAUGCUGAAAGGCGGGCACUGUCUCUUUAAGAGCCAUCCCACUCCUCUCCUUGAGUGAUGAGGGCUGGGAGCACAAGGGAGUCAGAUGCUGAUUAAACAGUCCUACUGCCGAGCUCUGUUAGAAAAUUACUGUAAUUAUGAUCUAGUCCCAGCAGAGGGAUGAGUUCCAAUCCUGCUAAUAACCCUUCCAGGUGCCUCAGAUUCAGGCCCACGGGAGGCAGCGUCGACCGGGCUCUCGCUGGCACCAGGGCCGGCGCCGGCCCUCCAGUCUGGCCUGUGCAGGCCAACACGACAAAUGCACUGGACCCUGCAUCCUGUCUCGGCCUCCCGAGAAAGCAGUAGGUUUUCGUUGCGUCGUGGUUUUUUUUUGUUUUUGUUUUUGGUUCUUGAUAGCUCCUGGGAGUCAUUCUGUGGGAGGAAACUUUCCCCUAAACUAACAUGAAGGACCAGGAAAAUCACAGCGGCGAGAUGCCAGUGUGUCCCGACCCCUCACGUCCGCCUGGGGACUGCCGGGAGCACUGCGCCUGCCCGACCCACGGCAAAGCCGAGGGGAGCCCAGCAGCAGCCUUCCGCUGCACUGUCUCCCGCACUUGUGUCUGCGAACCUGCGUGUCUUGCUCUGAGGUAGAACACAGCAUUUCCCUUGGUCCUGACCAAGAAUUUCAGGGAUUCCUGCCACUGAAAAGGGAAUCAGGGAUAGUGAACAAAGCUGCAGAGAGCGAUUCGCUGUCAUCCAGCUCUCCAAAUUGACGAGUGCAGGCUUAUUUGUGUGAAAACAUCAGUUCCGUAGCGCAGCUCUGCAGCAGUGCCGGACGGCAACUCUCAAAGGUGCGUGCAGAGCGCGAGGGCUUGCUUGCUGGCUCCUAGACCAGCAAGGAAUUCGUGGCAUUUGUGCUCUGUGUGUUUCCCAGCCUAGCCUUGAGCUGCUCCCUAUUAUUAAAGCACAAACUUCUAAAAGGUGGGGCAGCCUCUCAGUGCUCGGUUCUAAGCACACGCAAAUGCCCCGAGACAGCGGUUCUCAGCUAGCGGUAAUUUUGUGCCCAGGGGACAUCUGAAAACAUUUUUGGUCGUCAGAACUGGGGGUGGCGGGGGGGUGCUGGGUAUUACUGGUAUCUAGUGUCUAGAGGCCAGGGAUGCUGCCCAACAACAUAAAAUUAUCGGGCCUAAACCGUCAAUCACUCCAGGUUGAGAAACACUGCACUAACAGAGGGAAGUACUAAGCUCCAGGUUCUGACUUUGCCCCCCCCACCCCAACGCCCACUGCACCACCCUGGGGAUGCCAAAGAAAUGAUGGCGAGUUCCCAGACGCCAGGUGCUUUUCCAGGGGCGGAGUCUAUCGGUGGCAGGCCAAGUGGGGUGCCUACCAUGGGAAGCUUCCAGUAAAUGUGGGUGGCGUGCAUGUGCUCCCUGGCAAUUUGAGGCAGGACAUGCUGGAUGGAGUGUCUGACUGAGGGGAAGAGGGGAGCGCCUGGAGUGUGUUUUCUGUCCCAUGAUCAGAUGUGGGGGGACAAACGGUGGCCAGCUGCUCACCAUCAGGUUAAGAGUGUCCGCGGUAGAACCAGAUGCCCUCUUUGAGGACGGGCACUGGAAGACUCUUGGAAUUUAUUCCCAUCACAGGAGGCAAGGAGGUGGCCCACAUUGCCCAGUGCCACAGAAAUGCUUUCCUCAGUGGCACCCUGCCAGGUGGAGGGGUGGCAGGCUGCGAUGGGGCCCCACGGGGGACAUGAACACACACGGCUGCUGGCAGACGCCAGCCCCACAAGCAGCAUGACACCAGAGACACCAGGCCCCUCGGAACUGCCCGCGCGUCUGGAAAAGAAGGCCUAAUUGGCAGGGUUUGCCCAGGAGUCAGGCCUGCAGAGGAGAGGACUUCAUCAGAGGGACAUCGCGCCCGGGGAGCCUGGCCAUCUAUGGAUCAACCACCCGCUGCCCUGGCGAUGGGGCAACUCAUUUUGCCUUACUGACCACUCGUCCUGGUCACAUCCGAGGUCUUGGAGUUGUUUUUGAUAACUGUCCCUUUUGGUCUCAAAAGUGACCUGGAAAAUAAGUUGUAUGGUCAUCCUAUUAAUAGAUUGGGGGGGGGGAGCAUUACAUAUGAUUUUUCCCCCCACAAAAUGGGCUACAUCUUAAAAUUAAUUGAAUCCCAAAAGAUUGAAAAAGAAUUGUCACUGAUUUUUACUAACAGGAAAAAAAAAACCCAACCCAGCAUGUUUUCUGAAGUUAGUUUUUGAUAGGGAAUUAGGGCGAAAAAUUCCAGUCCUUUGAA